AGGAGGUGCAGUUGUGCAUCAUGCCGAGGACGCGCGGGGUCAAGGCAGCGCUCCUGUGUUGGACUCUCCGCUCAGUGAAAAUUGCUUGGAGACCGACAGAAACAGUUUCACACAUCGAUGUGUGUGCCACAAAUCUGGUCUCGUACCUCCAACGAAUUCAUCUUACUGACACAUGUGAGCCAAGAAUACAGGAAUAAUCGAGGGAGACGCGUUGGCUUCUGGCUAGUUAAGUUUUUAUUUUAUUUGUAUUUUUUUUUUUUUUUUACAGCGAGUGAAAUCACUGCUGGUUACGAAAUGUCGGGGAAAAUAGAGAGUAAGCAAGACUCUCAGCGCUCCCACCUCUCCUCCUUCACCAUGAAGCUGAUGGACAAGUUCCACUCUCCCAAGAUCAAGAGGACACCAUCGAAGAAGGGCAAGCAGUUGCAGGUCGAACCAGUGGUCAAGAGCCAAGAGAAACCCGUCAACAAGAAGGUGAGUCGGCUGGAGGAGCAGGAGAAGGAGGUGGUGAGCGCACUGCGCUACUUCAAGACCAUCGUGGACAAGAUGGUGGUGGAGAAGAAGGUGCUGGAGAUGCUGCCUGGCUCGGCCAGCAAGGUGCUGGAGGCUAUUCUACCUCUGGUGCAGGUGGAGGCCCGGAUAACACACAAUUCGGCUGUGUCGUCGUGUCACAACCGGGUGUACCAGAGCCUUGCCAACCUGAUCCGCUGGUCCGACCACGUCAUGCUGGACGGCAUCAACCUUGAUGACAAGGACAACGUGGUCGCGGUCACGACAGUCAUCAAAGCCGUUCUGGAUGGGGUCAAGGAGCUGGUCAAACUCACCAUAGAGAAACAGGAGCAACCCUCCCCCACCACACCCAACAGACCCCCACCACCACCUAUCACUACACCAGAGAGCAGGUCAGAGUUGCCACUGACAGAACGAGAGAGGGAGAUCCUGAGUAAGACCCCGCUCACCGAGGCUGUGACGGACGUGGCAGAGGAGGACGUAGCUCCGCCCAAACCCCCCCUCCCUGGCCUGAAAAUGGAUGCGCUCAGCCCUCCUCCAGCUUUGCCCCCAAAGAAGCGUCAGUCGGCCUCGUCGCCCACCCGUGUGGCAGUGGUGGCCACCAUGAGCCGCGGCUCCAGCCUGCCCUGCAGCGUCCACAGUCAGCAGCAGGACUAUGAGCAGGAGUUCCUCCAGAGGCGUUUCUCAGGGGGCAGCCAGUCGUAUGGGUGCGACUCUCAGCGCCUCUCGCCCUACAGCAGCAUGGGGAAGCUCAGCAGGUCUGAAGAGCAGCUCUGCUCCAUGGAACAGGACAGUGGACAGUGCUCCAGAAAUACUAGCUGUGAGACACUGGACAACACAGAGAGUUACGACCCCGACUAUGACUUCCUCCACCAGGACCUCGCUGUCUUCACAGGGGACACCCACCUGCCCUCCACUGCCACCCCCUCAGGGGUCAUGUCCCUGUCCCCCCUCCCCGAGUCCCACAGUGAGUGCUCCUCCCACGUGCCUCCUCACGCCCAGUUCAGGUCACCACCCGCCCCACACCACCAACAACCCCACCCACCCCAGUCCGAGUACUGGACCCCCAGCCCGGUUCCCACAUCAUCCCCUUGCAACUAUCCCGCAUCAGUGCUCCUCCAGCAUUACCCCAGAAGAAGCGGCGCAGCUCCCAGGUUUCACCUUAUCAGGACGGGUGUGGCUCCUCGGGGGGACCCCUCAACGAGAGGUCCCCUUCCCAAUACGAAAACCUGUCGGAGGAGGAGCUGCUGCACCCCACGCCACCCUUUCCCCUCUUCACUCCCAACUCGCCCAUGCCCCAGAGCAGGGGGGGUGUUCGUGACCCAGUACCUGGCUAGCGAGAACGCCGACCUGCCCUCUAGUCCACCGCCACUGCCUGAGAAGAGGAACAAGCACGUCCUGGCAUACAUGCAGUUUGUGGAGGACUACUCAGAGCCCCAGCCCUCAGUGUUCUACCAGACCCCACAGAAUGAGAGCAUCUAUGAGCAGAGGAACAAACGCUUCCAGGACGUCUAUGGCCUCAACGACUCCUUCAGCAGCACCGACUCGGUCCACGAGCCCCUUCCCAUACCCCUCUUCCCGCCCCCCGCCCUGCCCCCCAAGAAGAGGCAGCUGAGUUCAGACCAGGUCGCCUUGACCAAUGCCACUAUAUUGGAUGGCAGCAGGGGCGGGCCCAACGGUUCCCUGGCCAACUCAUUGGUCUCUGUGGCCAUCUGUCUUCCUCCUCCUGAGACCACUUCUCUUCUAACUGACUCUCUCCUCCGCACCUCGGCAGUGAGCGUCGACGAGGGUGGCGAGGGCGAGUAUGUCAACCUGUACUCAUCCAGCCAGGCCAAUGGGGAGCUGGAGCUGCCUCCCUGCCUCAGACCAAUCGCUGGUGACGAUGUCAUUCAAGACCCCGCCCCACAAAUGCACUCCUCCAAUAGCAAGGAGGCUCUGGACAAGGACAGCAGGAGGCAGAAGUCGACAGACUCGGUCCAGAGCGAUGAGGAGGAAGUGGAUGAGCUCUCUCUCAUCGACCACAAAGAGAUCAUGUCCCGGAUAACACUCAAACAGGAGAAUGACGAUGGACCUGAUGUGCGUGCUGGAUCAGGGGAUAUUCUGUUAGUCCACGCCACAGAGACAGACCGCAAAGAUCUGGUGUUGUACUGUGAGGUCUUCCUGACCACAUACAGGACCUUCAUCAGCCCAGAGGACCUCAUUAAGAAGCUCCACUACAGAUACACCAGGUUCUGUCACAGUCCAGACACGUUUAAGAAGCGGGUCAGCAAGAACACCUUCUUUGUGCUCGUUAGACUGGUGGACGAACUUUGUCUGGUGGAGUUAACAGAGGACAUCCUGAAGCAGCUGAUGGACCUGGUGUUCAGGCUGGUGUGUAACGGCGAGCUGAGCCUGGCCCGCGUGCUCCGCAAGAACAUCCUGGACAAGGUGGAGCAGAAGAAGCUGCUGCGCUGCACCAACUCCCUCAAGCCGCUGGCCGCCCGGGGCGUGUCCGCCAGGCCCGGAACGCUGCAUGACUUCCGCAGCCAUGAAAUCGCAGAUCAGCUCACACUCCUGGAUGCAGAACUUUUCUACAACAUCGAGAUUCCUGAGGUGUUGCUUUGGGCCAAGGAACAGAACGAGGAAAAGAGUCCCAAUCUGACUCAGUUCACAGAGCACUUUAACAAUAUGAGCUACUGGGUGCGCUCUCUAAUCAUUCAGCAGGAGAAAGGCCAGGACAGAGAGAAGCUGCUCCUCAAGUUCAUUAAGAUCAUGAAGCACUUAAGAAAGUUGAACAAUUUCAACUCGUACUUGGCAAUACUGUCUGCCCUGGACUCAGCCCCCAUCCGCAGACUGGAGUGGCAGAAACAGACAUCAGAGGGAUUGGAGGAAUACUGCACUUUGAUUGACAGCUCGUCGUCUUUCCGAGUGUACCGGGCGGCUCUGGCCGACGUGGAGCCUCCAUGCAUCCCAUACCUCGGUCUAAUCCUGCAGGACCUGACCUUCGUCCACCUGGGGAACCCUGAUCUCAUCGAUGGGAAGGUCAACUUCUCUAAGCGCUGGCAGCAGUUCAACAUCCUGGACAGCAUGAGGCGCUUCCAGCAAGUGCAUUAUGAGCUGAAGCGCAACGACGACAUUGUGUGCUUCUUCAACGACUUCAGCGACCACCUGGCCGAGGAGGCGCUGUGGGAGCUCUCACUGAAGAUCAAGCCUCGAAACAUCACCCGGAGGCGGACAGAGCGAGAAGAGAAGACCUAGGGGGUGUAGGGGCACGGCGUGGUGCCCAAACCCGGGACCAGGUCCCGCCAAGUGACCUCCACUGUGUUACAGACACUAACUCCACUUUACUAUGGACAGACAUUCAGACAGACAGAUGGAUGGGAUAGAUGGAUGGAUGGACACAAUCAGUUGGACCUAACUAACUUGGGAAGAGUGACUGACUAGGGCCGGACCAGAGCACAUACAGUAGGUUGGAGGAAAAGACUGGUUUAAAAUGAUUCUGCACUGCUCUGCUACACUGGGAUAUUAUGGGGGUUUUAUGAUUGACAUGGGAUUUUCUCCACCCCGAACUGCUGUUGGCAGGGGAGAAACUCCUAGCCAAUGGGAGGAGAGAGGAGAAAGACUUGUAUAAGAGACGUCAUGUAAGGAAGAUGUGGAGAUACCGCUCCCCGUCCUCUCCCAUUUUAGUGUGUAAGUGUGAGGUGAAAGCUCCUCUACACCCUGAUACCAACACCCUAUUCCCUUCUCUUCCUCCCUAAAUAGUGUGUUGACCAUUGGGUCAGCCCCUACUGCCCCCCUCCCCUGACUUCACUUCCCUCCAACAUUGAAGGAAGAUAAAGUUCCUUGUAUCCAUGGAAUCCUCAGUAUUCUGGACUGCAGUCUAGGGAAUGAGAAUCUGAGGGUUAGUAGAGGUGGACUGGACUUAUAGCAAGAGUGUAUUUGGGAUAUUGUGUAUUAUUAUUAUUAAUCAUGUAUGGUUGUGAUGUAUUAUACAGUGCUCUUUUUGUUCUUAAAAAGGAUGUUUAUUAUGCUAUUAAGAGAAGCGCUCAGCUUCUACCCAAGUGCCAUAAUAAUGUGCACUCUAAAAAGCAACGCAACAUAAAAAUACCCAAAAAGAGAAUGACUAAAGAUGCUGUGAUCUAUGUAUGUCAUAUUUAAUCAUUGUGUGCCAUGUUUGAGUGAGAGAACUGCCAGUAGUGUGUGUGUGUGUGAUCUGUGUUUGUCUGUCCAUUGUGUGCUGUAGUUCUUCAUUCUGAUUCCUUUGGAAUAAUCCUGUCAUCCUCAUCACACUAUGCAAUAAAACUGCUCAGUUUCUAUUCA